CAGUUUGUUUCUGUUUAUUGUUGUGGGGUGAGCUGCUGCUACUGCUGGUAGUGCCGCUGCUGCUACUGGCCGGUAAUGUUGCUGGUGUUAGUCUCCAUAUAUCUGCUGCCCCUUAUCACCUAGCGGCGAUUUGAAGAUCCAAGUUAGUGUAUGUCAGCCAGGCACUGGAAACCAUCGUCGAAAAUGCGUGUGAGGACAGACGUUUCCCGUCCGUAGCUUCCACCGUCCGUGGCGUUCGUCGACAUGACUUGGAAAUCGUCAUUACUCAUGCUUGUGUUCAUUUUCCUCCCACUGAUAUCAACGAGUGCUGUGGGAGCCAUUGAAGAAGUGGGCAACAACGAGGUCGAAAUAUUAGAUGGUGAGGUAGAUAAAGACGGAAAUACGAUUGGUGAAGAAGACCUUCCGAGCACGUACGGUCCGUGGGAGGACGCUGAUGUGACGGCAACGGCUGCAGCUGAGGUCACCACUGAGAGACAGUUCGAAACGUUGGGCUUAAAGAAUCAUUAUGAAACAUGGAUGAGGAUGAUAAUGCAGAGUGAUUAUGUGAAGAAUAAUGGUAGUGUGAACUACAAUGAUACCGAUGAUGAUGUAAAUGAAACAGAUAAAGAAGCAAAUAACGUAAGAAACGAGACAAAAGGAGUAGAUAAAGAAGCAAAAGGCGAAGAUAAUGACGCAAACACUUUAAAUGAAGAGGCAAAUGUUAUAGCAGACGAAGUUAGCGAAGCUCCAGGUGGAGUGGAAGUUGCAGAAGCUGCAACAAGUGCCAACAAUCGUCUCAGAAUCUUGCAAAAGCUUGUCUAUCCUGAUCACAGAAUUAUUGAUCCGGUGCCAGCCAGGGUCAGCACUAAAUGCGAAUGUGGGCUCUUCAACAGUCCUCGCCAGAAGAUCGUGGGAGGAACUGAAACAUACGAGCAUCACUACCCCUGGAUGGUAUCACUGCAACUAGCGAGGAACAAGAAGCAUUUCUGUGGCGCUAGUAUCAUCAGUGAUUCUUACAUCCUCACAGCUGCCCACUGUACUGACGGGUUAUUUCCACUAGACCUGUUACUGAGAGUCGGAGAUCACGACCUGACCAGAAGAGACGUCUCCCGCGAGUACUCCAUUCCCGUCUACCAGAUUUAUCAGCAUCCAAGGUACAACAGAAUAACGACGGACAAUGACAUCUCUCUAAUGCGAGUCAAAGAGCCACUGGUGCUGACCUGGAGGGUCAGUCCUAUAUGCCUGACACCGCCUGACCUGACCUUCUACAAGGAGUCAGUGGUGGUGAUGGGCUGGGGUAAGGAGUCAGAGAAAGCUGACUUGGGAUCACCACGUCUCAGACAUGUCAGUCUACAAAUUCUGCCGAUGGGCAAGUGCCGCCACAACUUCAAGUUCCUUUCUGAAGAAAUUUCCUCGAAUAUGUUGUGUGCGUUGUUGGGAACCAAGGACACCUGUCAGGGCGACUCAGGAGGACCCCUGACCUGGUAUGACGAGGAAAAUAGGCGCUACUUUUUGAUAGGUGUUACCAGCUGGGGCAUCGGCUGUGGUUUACCUAACUAUCCAGGCGUGUACACGAAGGUGGGUAAGUACCUGGACUGGAUCUAUGACACAACAGGAGACUCCACCUUCUGUACCUCCUAUCACCCUCGGGCAGACGUGAAGAAAGUGAAACAGAAGCCGAAGAUCUAUAAGUUGGAUGAUUUCAUGUUACCUGACCUGGGUAGGCCUUGGAAAAGAAAGGGUUCCAGAGGCAAGAAAAGAAAGAAGGGUAGAAAGAACAUGAAGAGGCAUGGUAGAUGGGACUUGAAAAGGGUGAGGUAUGGUAAACAGAAGCAUCGGGGAGAAAUGGGGAAUGGGAAGUGGAAGAAGACACAAAUUAGUGAUGGAAAAUCGCUUAUAAAGAAAGCCCAAAGAAAAUACCCAGGAAAAGAGAGGCAAGAAAAAGCAAGUAAGAAGCUGAGGAAGAGGAAGAAAUUCAGGAAAGAAACUUCAAGGUUAAGGAAUCUUCAGGGAAGAUACUCAACUUGGGAAAAGUGGAGAGAAAAAAUGGAAAAGAAAAGAAGGAAGCAAGAGCUUCUGAAAAAAAGAAAAUCAAAACUUAGGAAAGCCCAGGAAAAAUACUCAGCACAGAAGAAGAGGCAAGAAGAAACGGGACAGAGGAGGAGGAAACAACAGAAAAAUCUCAAAGAAGGAAAAUCGAAAACCAGGAAAAUUCAUCGACAACAACAGCGUCUACGAAAUAGAAGCAAAGUCCCCAAGAGGAGGGAGAAAAAGAAGAGAAGAAAGAAGAAGAAGAAGGGUGAUGAUAAACGUUCCCAAUUAGCGUGCUCAAAGGCAACUAAGAGAAAAAGAAACAAGAAAAGACCCAACAGUCUUCAGGAAGAGAGUCAGGAAAAAGACUAAGACAUCUCUUCCAUCCCCUUCCUUAUCCAAUGCCGCCAUUUUGACAGUCAUUUCGUGGUCAUUAUAUUUCCUCAGCACCAGCUGACAUACACUUCGUGAAGAUCCUUCGUUUUAUUUUGGAGUGGUCUCUCGAAAUGUGGUCAUUUGGAGGCCCAUGGUCCCAGGACCGAUACAUUUCCGUUAAUUAUAUCCUAGAACGGACUCCCUUCUCGUGCAUAUAUAUAUA